AAAUUUUAAAAGCUACAAGUCUCUCCAGAUAGGAGAUGAAGCCAAUAUUUUUAUAUCAUUCUACUCGCCAUAAUAGCACGAACAACGUUACAUAUUGGUAUUGGAAAAUAUUGUUCCGUUAUUGAGAAAAUUAAUUUUUUUGAAACAGGUAGCAAAAAAACAAGGAAUUUCGCUUGUAUUUUGCAGUGUUCAUUGUUAAACUCUCAUUUUUCUGCAAAACCAAUGUCAUAUUUGGAAUCGGCAUAGAAAACUGAACUGAUUGAUAUGUGUUUCAGGGUUUUUGGACAACUUUCAUUUUUUCGCAAAAAUCUCGGUCGAAAAGUUCGAAAUUUAUUAUAGGCAUAUGUCUAGCAGUUUACUAACGAUAAUAAUACUUUCGUUGGGUUUGGUAACCAAACCCAAAGUGUUUGAGAUUACAAACCCAAAAUCCCAAAUCUUCACCAAACCCAAAUCUAACACAAAUCCAAACUAUUGGGUACAAAACCCAAAUAUGGCUUUGGAUUUGGUGCAUCCCUAGUAAUACUAUAUAUGUAAUAAUAAUAUAGCUUCUCUAUUAUCUGCAAUACCGCUGUUGUCUGUCGACUCCUUGGACUAUAUUCAAUUAUUUUUAUUUUAACAUCUUUUUUUUAGAUCGACAAUUAUCGGCGAUAGUAUCGCACGUUUAUUAGAAUAUUUUGGCUAUAAUGUGCUACGAUUAAAUCAUCUUGGCGAUUGGGGCACGCAAUUUGGAAUGUUGAUUGCACAUCUUCAAGAUAUAUAUCCAGAGUAUCUUCAAAAGUCCCCGCCAAUUCAUGAUUUAUCAUCAUUUUAUAAGGCGUCUAAAAAACGUUUCGAUAAUGAGCCAGAUUUUCAAAAACGGGCAUAUCAAUGUGUCGUUAGGUUGCAAUCUUAUGAUCCCGAUAUUAUACACGCAUGGAAACUCAUCUGUGAAGUUUCACGACGAGAUAUCGAUUAUAUUUAUCAAGAGUUAGAAAUAGAAAUGAUUGAUCGUGGUGAAUCAUUUUAUCAAUCGAUGAUGAAAGACUUGGUUGAAGAACUAGAGCAAAAAAAUUUAUUAAUAGAAGAAGAAGGACGAAAAGUGAUGUUUUUACCUGGUAUUUCAGUGCCACUGACGAUUGUUAAAUCUGAUGGAGGACAUACGUAUGAUACAAGUGAUAUGGCAUGUAUUAAACAACGUUUACAUGAGGAAAAUGCUGACUGGAUUAUAUACGUUAUUGAUUCUGGACAGGUAGUACUUCGUAUUUCUAUUGAAGAAAAUUGAGUAUAACAAG